AUGAUAAAACAUUUACAUUAUGAUUAUAUGUUAACCUCCGUUGAAUCAUGGUGCGAAAAUCUGAUUCAUUCACCUGGAAAUAAUAAUGUCUCGAUGAUCAUCAAGACCUUAUUGAGACUUUUUGUUGACAAAUCUGUUAAAUUGAAAAGUCUCUUCAUCUGGCCAAAUAACGUUUAUUGGCGUCAUUACAGUCUAAAUAGGUACAUGGAAUUGAUUGAACCUGAAUUCAAUGUAUUACUAAAGAAUUUAAAAAAUCUUCAUGUGGAAACGCAUUCUCAUUAUCCAUCUGCAAAAUUCUUUCAAAAAUUAUCUUUAAUUGUCCGUAAUGUGGAAAAAAUUCAUUUGAGAACUCCACUUUUGGGUUUAAUGGGAUUCCCAAAUGAUAUGGAGGCUGGAAUCGCAAAAAAUUUGUGCACAUUAAUACAAUCUCAAACCAAAUUAGAGGAAUUUAAAUUGAUGAGCUCCAUCAAAUUCACUUCGUUAUUUAUCUCAUCAUUAUCCGUACACACCGAUCAUCUCAAGAGCAUAACAUUAUUUGAAACAAAAAUUGAUGAGGUGAAUUCUUGGAAGAUUUUAACAAAUUGUUUGAACCUUGAAAGAUUUGAAAUAAUUAAUUGUGUUGGAUUACAUUCCGACUUGAUUUCCCCCUUUUAUAAUAUCAAUAACUGUUUAGGUUAUUGA